AUGAAAAAAAUAUUAUUAUAUCUUUUCAUUUUAAUUUCCUUAAUAUGUUUGGGUGAAGCAACCCAUUUUCGUUUUGGUACCAUUUCAUACCAACCAGUUGGAUCAUACAAUGUAAUUAAAUUCUCAUCAAAUUUUGGAUUUAGAAUUGAAUUUUUCAGUGGUCUCAUGAAUAGAAUUGACAUUGGUACAACAGUUAAUGUUGGUACUUUAAAGUUUGGUUCAGGUAGUGAUGUCAGUGUAAUAGUUACAGUUAACAGUUUUGAUAAAACUGAAAAUUGGUUCACUGGUGAUUUCUCAGUUACAAGAACUUAUCCAACAACAACCACCGAAAAAGAUUAUUUAGUAGUUUUCACAAGUUGUUGUAGACUUUCAUCUCUUAUAAACAAUGCAAAUGGUAAUUGGUAUAUUACCACCAAAGUUAGACUUCAACCAAACACACCAUUCGAAAGUUUAAAUAUUUCACCAGUAUCUGGUAUGGUUCCAAUUAUUAAUGUUAUCAACAAAAGAAUUAAUAAAUUCAAAGUUGUUGCCAAUGACCCAAAUGGUGAUUCCGACCAAUUAACCUUCUCCACCGAAGUUCUUCCAAGUGCAAGUUUAACACAACCAUCAGGUCUUACUAUUGCUCCAACCACUGGUAUUGUCACUUUCACUCCAACCCAACAAGGUCUUUAUUCAACCCAAAUUGUUAUUAAAGAUCCUCAAGUUCCAACAACUUAUAUCGUAGUCGAUUUCCUUCUCAAGUCUGAAGAUAAAACCGGUUUUUGCCAUAAUACUUGCGGCAAUAAAGCUAAUACCGUAUGUAAAUAUAAUACAGAUUGCGGUUCAUGUACUGGCACUGAUAAUGAUGGUAACACCUGUACAACCAGUGUACCAACAUUUGUUUAUCCACCAACCCCAGCUGAUGGUGAAGUUAAAUACAUCGACAUUGGAAAGAGCAGUACUUUCUCAUUCCAAUGCACAUCUCCAGAUACUACAAAGACCGUUCAUAUUCAAACUGCCAAUUUACCAUCAGGUAUCACCCAAACUAAAAAUAUUCAAGAUCAAAAUACUGCUACAUUGGAAUGGUCAAUGACUGGUACUACUUCAAAUGUAGGUUCAUAUGUACUCUCAGCCGUUUGUACCGAUAGUGGUGGUGUUAGUUCAACAGUUACAUCAUUCACUAUUUCCAUCAAAAAACCAAUCUGUGGUAAUGGUGUUACUAGUGGUGUUAAUCAAUGCACAUGUAACAACGAAGGUUGGGACCCAAGCUCAAAUUGCUUCCAAUGUUCAGAAAAUUAUUUUGGCCCAGAAUGCAUUAAGGCCCCAGCUUGCGAAAAUGGUGCUGUAAACGAUGGUACUGAAGGUGAUGGUACAUGCUCAUGUUUCUAUGGUUGGAAAGGUGAACACUGUGAUAUUAGUACUGCUGAUUUCUGUAAACCAGGUGCCCCAAAUAGUGUCUCUUCAUUCUCAAACUCAGACCCAAGUUAUAUAAACCCAACUUUCUCUCAAGUAUAUAUCAACACCAACCCAUCCACAGCUGCCGCUGAUUUAGGUCUCAAACUUAGUAUUCCAUCCAAUUUAGAAAAUCUUAAUAUUUUAGUUGUAGUGGAUUCAGCUCCAUCCAAGGAUAUCUAUUGGAAAUCGGUUUCAAACUAUAUGAGCAGCUUUAUUUCAAGAAUAAAUACACUUUGCGAAAGCCCAAGUCUUGGUCUUGGUCUCUUUUCAGAUGCUGCAACUGGUGGUUAUAAUUUCCAAUUAAGCAGAGUUAUUGGUGAUAAUAUCGAUGUACUCGGUAAAUCUGUUAAUUAUGAUGUUAUCUCUACAACUUCCACUCAAAACACUGUCGCUGCACUCAAUGCAGCAGCUCUUUAUCCAUCUGGUUGGACCAAAGGUGCAAUUAGAAUUAUUGUCCUUCUUACAGAUAAGGAUAGAAAAACAGAAUCAGAUGCUACCCUUUUCAGCAAUUUAGAAGCACAAUCAAUUAUUCCAGUUGUUAUUGGUCUUGAUAACCCAGUCUCAACUUGGAAUACUAGUUUUGCUACUAAAGGUUAUGGUUAUGCAGAAAGCUCAAGCAUCCCAACCGCAUCAAGUGUUGAUUGGGUAAAUAAAGCUUUUAAUGGUAUCUCUACAGUUUUAUCUAAAGCUGUCCUUAAAGUCGUAUCAGAUCCAGAUAAGUUCAUCACCUUACCAACAGCUAGUGUAAAUACCAAUAUUGCUAAAAAACAAGAUACAAUGGCUUCACUUCCAGUUUCAAUGAAGUAUCCAACAACUGCAGUUUCAAAUCUCUAUCCAGAGGCAACAGUAUCUGUUAUUGGUUUUGGUACUUCAAGAGUUAUUGUCAAUUAUAAUCAUCCACCAACUACAUCCACUUUAUACAUUAAUGCAAAACAAAAUACCCCAAUUACAUUUACAUUCCCAGCUAAUGAUAUUGAUGGCAAUAAAUUAAAUGUUCUUAUUUCCACUCUCCCAAGCUCAGCCACAGGUACAAUUAAAAUUGGUUCAUCUACUGGUUCAAAUGCAGUUGUUAAUCAAGCAUAUGAAAUUGCUAAAACAAUUUUUGUUUUCGUUCCAACUACCAACUAUUUCAAUCAAAAUUCAGUUGAUUUUUCUUUUUCAGUAUCUGAUGGUUGUGACUCUGCUUCAGGAACUGCUAAAAUAACAGUUGAACAUGUUAAUCAAGCACCAACCUGCCCAACAACUCCAAUUUCUGUUACUUCAAAAUUAAAUUCUGAAAUUUCAUUCCAACUCAAAGGUAGUGAUAUUGAUGCUAACGAAUUACUCUAUGUUGUUUUUUCUGAUUUAUCCCCAAUUUCAGGCAGAGGAACAAUUAAAUCAAACUCUGCCAAUGUUGUAGUUAAUAAUCAAUAUCAACUCACAAGUUCAACACCAUCCACUGAUUAUGUUGGUUCAUUCACUUUUACUCAAUCAUACAACCCAGAUAAAUUAACCACAUACCAAAUCAAUUAUAAGCUCAGAGAUAAAGGUGGUUUAGAAGCUCAAUGCGCACUUUCAUUCAAUCUCCAACACUCUAAUGUUGCCCCAACCAUUAUUUCUCCAUCAACUGCUGCUAUUAAUCAAAAUGGUAACCUUCGUAUUGAUUUAUUAGCUAUCGACACUGACUCAACAGCAGUUAAAUUUACAGUUACCCGUUUUUCAACAUCAACAGAUAGUUUCUUCUAUGCUUGUGAUGAUGAAAACAAAAACCCAAUCACUAGUCUUACUACUGCUUUAAUUACCUUGGAUCAAAGUUCAAAAGCCAACUAUUCAAACCUUUGUUAUCAUGCCCCAUUAGAAAAUACUUCUUCUGACUCGGUUACAUUUACCGCAACUGACGAUGACAAGGUAGAACCAAAAACAAGUGCACCAUUUACCAUUACUAUAAAUGUUGUUGGAUCCCGUGAUAAUGUUGCUCCAGUCGCUAUUCAAAUUCCAAAUUUUUCAGUUAAUGAAGAUGGCAUUUCUACUCAAUUCGCAAUUGAUGGUACUGAUGUUGAUGAGUUGGAUCAAGGUAAUCUUAUUGGUAUUAUUAAAACCCAACCACUCUUUGGUAAACUUGUUAUAACCAAAAAUAACCAAGCUUCAGUAUCAGGAAAAGCCCCAUACAAACUUAUGUAUCAACCAAAUUUAUUAUAUCAUGGAUCUGAUUCUUUCAGCUAUGCAGUUCAAGAUACUUUAGGUGCUGAAUCAAAAGUAUUAUCUACCACAAUUACCGUUGUUCACGUAAAUCAUCCACCUGCACUUACUAUUCAACCACACACAUUUAAAUCUUCAGAUGAACAACCAGUAGUAUUAACUCUCUCACCAACCGAUGUUGAUAAUGAUAAUCCAGUAUUUACAUGCACAAUCACUGCACUUCCAAAAAGUGCUUUAAUUUUCAAAUCAAAUGGUGAACAAAUAACUAAAGUUCCAACAGCUCUUCUUUCUGAUAAUAAGUAUUACUUUAAAUCUGAUGGAAAGACCUAUCAAGGUUUCACAGAUUCUUUCAAAGCUAUUUGUAGUGAUAAUUUUGUCCCAGUCCCAGGUAUUUCCCCAGAAGCCACCGGAUCAAUCAUUUUCCAAUAUAUAAAUACUGCACCAAAUGCCCAAUCAUCGAGAUACCAAUUAGUACAAAAUCAAGAAAAAUUCUCAUUUACAAUAAUUGGAAACGAUAUUGAAACCCCAAAUUCACUUCAAGCUUAUAUUAAUAUUCUUCCACUCAAAGGCAAAUUAUUAGAUAAAGAUGGCAAAGAUGUUGUAAUUUCCCAAAAAACACCAUAUGGUCUUUCAGAUUUAACAUAUACACCAAACAAAGGUAUUUCUGAUUGGGAUAUGCCAGGUAAUGUUGGUCCAUCUGAUCAAUUCACUUUUUCAAUUACUGAUGGUGAUCUUACAUCCGCUCCAAGUAUCUCUUACUUCUUAAUUGAACCAAGAAAUCCACCAACAUACAAUGGUAUUUCAAUUCUUUCAACUAAAGAAAAUGAAAAUCUUUCAUUUACUAUUGAUGGUGUUGUAGGUGGUGGUGGUAAGAAUGUUUACUUAGAACUCCAAGAAAUCAAAUCAAAUGGUACCCUUUAUGACGUUGUUUGCAUGGGUAGUGAAGGUUGUAUUGCCCAUGAUCAAUCCUCACCAAAAACUAUUUAUAGAGACUCUGAUAACAACAAAUACAACUUUAUGUUUGUUCCAGUUAUUUAUGAAAAUGGUGACAACUAUGCUACAAUUAAAUUUAGACUUUACGAUGUCUAUGGUGCCAAUGAACAGAUAUACUCUUCAAGUUAUACAAUUAUUAUUAAUGUUACCCCAGUCAAUCAAGCUCCAGUUAUUGAAUUAAUUUCAUAUACAGUUGACGGUGUCGAAACAUUAUUUGGCUCCUCUUUAGAUGUCUUUAUGCUUUUAAAUACCAGUGUUAUUAUUAAGUAUGAUGCUUCAGAUAUUGACAAUCCAAAAAAAGAAUUACAAUCUUUCAUUUCAGGUCCAAUUACUCGUGGUAUUGUUCACAAUUACAACAAAGAAACCGAAUCUCUUGGUGAAGAAAUUAACUUUAGUACCUCACCAAUUAAUGAUAUUAGCUCUGAUGGAUAUUGGUAUAUUCAUUAUACACAUAAUCCAAAUCUCAACACAACUGUCAAUAAAUAUACAAACAUUCCAAUUUCAGUUAGAGAUCCAUUCGCCGCUGUUGCAACUUCAAGAGUUAACAUUAAUGUAUAUGUAAAUAAUGUUGGUCCAUAUAUUACUACUGAUGAAUCCAAAUUCAACACUACCGGUUCAACUCGUAAUCCAAUGAGAAUUUAUGGUUUAUCAUAUGUAGAUCCAGAUUCAAAAACUGUUGGUACUAACCAAAUCGUUCUUUCAAUUGUUGGAAAAGAUAGUGAUGAACCAGUCAGUAUCGAUGAUAUGGAGUUCUCUUUAGACUACAACACUUCAUGUGUUUUCAGCACAUCAGUUGCCUCAGUUACCUGUACAAAUACACAAAAACUUUUAGAAAGCUCUCUCAGCAGUAUCAACAUCAAUCCAAAGAAACAAGGUGUUUAUCGUAUUAAGCUCUUUGUUGACGAUUUAGGUUAUAAUGCUCCAGAAAAAAUUAGAGAUCAAAAUCAUUUAAAUGCCACCGCUUAUUAUGAAAUUUCAAUUUCUCCAGGUGGAUCAGAUGAUAAAGAUAACAAAACCGUUUUAACAGCAGCUAUCGCAGCUUCAGCAGGUGGUGCAGCUAUUAUUGCUGCUGCCAUUUGGCAAGUAUUAAGAAGAUCAGCUCCACCAACUGAUGCAUUCUUUGGAGAUGCACCAUUCAUGGAAGGUGCUGUUGCAAGUAACCCACUUUAUGAACAAAGUGCAAACUCUUCUGUUAAUCCAUUAUACAAUGAUCCCGAAGAAGCAUUCUAA